AUGCUCAACACCUAUCGCUACCUUGAAAUUCUCUAUUCGGCCGCGGAUGCAGUUUUGGAUACACUCGAAAAGGGUGGAAAUGAAAGUUCUGAUGCAGCUCCUGUACAAAAUCUUGAAAUGUUGUCUACUGUGAUAAAUCCGAUCGAUGAGCUUCGAGAGGGUAGAAUGAAACAAAACAAACUCCCAGUAUACCUAAGAGCAAAUUUUGAAAUCAUGAUAAUUCCUGGAGAAUCGGAGACCAUAAUGAAGAUGAAAAGCGUAAAUGCAGAUUGCGUUGGAUCUUUGAGUUUGAUUGAAGUCGACGUAACAAGGAUUGGUAAUGUAAAACCCAGAAUCAGAAUUGCAACAUAUGAAUGUGACAAUUGUCAUAAUCACUCCUACAAAGCAGUUGAAGGCCCAACAUUUAUGCCAAUUACCGACUGCGUCAACUGUAUUUCAACAAAGAAUGCAAAAGGAACACUCAAAUUUCAUCCAAAACUCUCUAAAUUCGAAAAGUACCAAGAAUUACGCGUACAAGAACCACUUGUUCAUUUAUCCGAUGGUGAAUUGCCAAAAUCGCUAAAAUGUGAAGUUUCUGGUGAACUCACACAGCAACUGAAACCUGGUGAUAGCGUGCUCCUCUAUGGCAUUUUGCUCCCAGUUACUCAGAAUACCUACACCACACACAAAUUCGUUCUAUUGGCUGAUAAAGUUUUUAAAAUUCUUUAUAUAAAGCAACUGAAAAAGAGCGCAGAUAAAGGAAUCAAAAUGCACUCUGAUUUGGCAAGGAAAAUUGAGGAACUCAAAUCUGAUCCAGAGGUCUACGAACGCCUCGCUUAUAGUAUAGCACCUGAAAUUUAUGGUCAUGAGGAUGUAAAAAAAGCCCUUUUAUUGCAAUUAAUUGGGGGAUGUACGAGGGAAAAGAAUGACGGUGGGUUUAUUCGUGGAAAUAUCCACAUUCUUCUCCUCGGAGAUCCUGGUGUUGCAAAGAGUCAGUUACUUAAAAAAGUUUCGGCAAUUAGCACUAGAGGUGUCUAUACCACUGGUAAGGGAAGUAGUAGUACCGGUUUAACUGCCGGUAUUAUAAAGGAUUCAUCCACUGGAGAAACUGUUUUAGAGGGCGGUGCUCUUGUCCUUGCAGAUUCUGGUCUUUGUUGCAUCGAUGAAUUUGAUAAAAUGGACGACUAUGAUAGAUCUGCAAUUUACGAAGUCAUGGAACAACAAACAGUUUCAAUUGCCAAGGCUGGACACUGCAGUUCCAUGUCUGCACGUUCCGCCGUUUUGGCCGCUGCAAACCCAGUAAAUGGUGUUUACGACGUUAAAAAAUCUGUUUUUGUAAAUAUGAACCUACCAGCUGCUCUCCUUACUCGUUUUGACCUUCAGUUCUUACUCUUGGAUAGACCAGAUAAAAAUGCUGAUGCAAAACUUGCAGAGCACGUUGUUGGAGUGCUGAGAGGUACUACAGAUGAAAACUCGGGUGUAGAUACAUCAUAUGAGGCGGUAGAAAUUGAUGUAAUGAGAGCAUAUAUUGCACUAGCAAAGGAGUUUGAACCAAAAAUGACACAAGAUAUUGUUGACAGAGCUUCAGAGUGGUAUAUUUCUAGGAGAAGCGAGGAAUUGCAAGAUGAUAUUUAUAAUGGAGACAGAUGCACAUACACAACACCAAGAAGUAUGCUUGCUGUUUUGAGAAUUUCACAAGCCCUCGCAAGGCUCAGAUUUUCGGAGGCCAUUACAAUGAGUGACUUUGAAGAGGCUGUAAGACUUACUGAACAGAUGAAGAAUAGUCUAACUGAGGCCCUAAAGGAGAGAAGAGCUAAGAAGAAGACGCAUCCCUCAUCGCAAAUUUUCCACAUUUUAAGACGCAUGAGAGAUGGAAUGAGGAGGAAGCUUCACUGGGACGGAUGGCUAGAUGUUGCAGAUUUGGAACGCCAGGUUGUCUCCACCGGCCUAAAGUCCAAACAUUUGCGCGAGUUUAUAGAUACUUACAAACAGCUUGAUGUUGUAUACAUGGGAAAUAAUGAUACCCAAAUUGCCUUUAGAGAGGAUAUUAUUAUUGAUGGUGUCUAG